GCCGCGCUUGCCUCGGGGCUCCCUCGGCGGCUGAAACCCUCGAGCGGGUGGGAGGAUCCCUGCACGCCUUCCUCGGGAUCGUCUGCUUCUCCCUGGGCCGUGCAAGGAAAUACGGGUUGAAGGCUCCGGAUCUCGGGAUUUUACCCAUUUAUGGACACUUUGGAUCGUGCGGCUGAUUGGCAGCGUGAAUGCGCUCAAGCUCCUGGAGAGGUUUAUUUUGGGGGUGGCCGGAGUGUUGCCCGCACGGAAGGGGUGGCCGCGGGUGUGCGGAGGGGACAGAAGGACGGACACGGAUACCCACCCCUGCCACAUCCAUAUCUCGUGUCCUAGCAAGGGCCUGCGAGCACCGAGGGGCUCCCUGCCGUGACCGCGGCCAGCCUUGGAUGUGACAUCUGAGUCGGAAUGGGAUCGACGCGUUUUGGAGGGGUUUGAAUCCCCCGAGUAGAAGGGGGCGCAGUCACCGAGCCCUUCUGGUGACUGCUCAAUGCUCCGUGAAGUUUUUCGGUUUUUAAAAUGGAAGUGAAUAUUCCUGGGGGGAAGUUUCAGCUUUAAUCGCAGACAAGCCGAGGCUUGGUGCACGCAUUCCAUAGGGAUACUGCCUUAAAAAGCCGCUGGCUUCGUCCACGGGAAGGCUCCGGCUGGGCUUUUGCCCGCCUGGGAGAAGCUCGGGAGCUGCAAGCUUUGUGGAAAAGGGACAAGAUGUGGAAUAAUGGAGUUGGGACCGCUGAUGCCUCUUGAUCGUUCCUCCAAAUGACCGAAGUUUUGGGGAGCGAUGCCAGUGAGCUCCUCCGAACCCGCCGGCCAUGGGAACGGUGACCUCCUCGCAGGAUCCCAAAGUCCCCGAGAUUGUGAAACCAGGAUUGCAGCAGACCAGGGGAAUCCGCCUCCUUACCGGUGGAGUCCAUUGGUUUCGGGGAGACCCCGGGAACACCCCCCGUGCCCCAGCACCUCGGGGUGGCUGCGGUUGCUGGGUGCUGGCGGGUUUAGGAGAUUUUAUUUCUCGAUUCCUGCGGUUUGGCCGGGAGUUGGCGGCUGUUUUUGGCAUCACGUGGCGAUGGAGGAGGCGGGAGCCUGCGAUGAGAGGCUCCCGCUCCGGGCAUCGCAUCCCGGGGAGGAAAUUCCGGGGAGCCUGCCUGCCCUGCUGAUAACACACACGGGCGCAUUGUUCCGAGCUGUCGGAGCAAAAAAUGAGAUCUCUCAGGUGUUCCCAACGGCCUUGGCAGACUGAGGAGGCGCGGGAGCCCUCCCGUGUCCUUCGGACACCCAAAACGCGGCAGAUAAAGCUCCCGUGGGAGCUUAUCAGGGAGGUUUCGCUAGUGGCUGCACGUGUUCUCUCUGCGCUUGGUUUUACUUUUACUCCCUUCCCGGCCAAACGGCCGCUUGUGGGAAAAAACCCCUGAGAAAGAAAAGAAUAUUUUAAAAAAGAGGAAUAGCGGGUUGUGUUUAUUCCACCCGCUGCUUUUCCCAGCUGUAGUGUUUCGGAAUAACCGCCUGCAUAUGAUGGGAUUCUUCCAGGCAUCCCCCCGCAGCGCUGAUUCCCACGUGUCCCUGUCCUCCCCCUCUGGCUGCAGGGACAGUCCCAGAGGGAAAAGGCUGAUGGCGACUGCAAAAGCAGAGCGGUUUUCCUGGCGUGGCACAGGUGUGGAGAUGGGGUUGGGAAAAGUCCCUGUGGAUUUAACGGAGAGAGGGAGCCCCUCUCCCUAAUUUGGCUGCUGAGCUUAAACGAUCCCUGGGCGCUGCUCUGGCCGCUGCGGUGGGAUCACUGUGCUGCUCUGCAGCCCUCCAGCCAGAAUUUAACUCGGAGCUGGGUGAAGCAGGGCGAUUUCAUCGUGCCCCGGGGCGUCACCUGAUCCCGUGGUGACAGGAGGGCCGGUGUCACAAUAUCCCCGCGGUGGGCAGCUGCGGAUCCCCGGGGCUUUGGGGAAAGGGGAAGAAGUGGGGAAACGCCGGGAUUCACAAGGUCCUGGAUUGCGGUCCCAGCUUGUCCACCCCUAAUAUUGUCGCAGCUGGGAAGGGAUCCCAUGCCUGCAUCGCCCUCCCACACAGCAUCUCCCAGGGAGAUGGAAUUAAACACCACCCUCCCAAGAGAUCCCUUUUGAAAGGAAAAUAACCCAGUCUGGGGUUUUAUUCAAGCUUUCUUCGAUUUGAAAGGAGCUGUUUUCCCUGGAUCUAAGUGCUGGCAAAUGUAAUUGGUACUGCACGUCUCGAAAAUGACCCCAAGGACUUAUCCUGAGGAUAAAACUGUUGGAAAUGAUGUGGGGGAGCUGCUUCCAAGGGUGCAAGCAGGGAGGGAAGCACCGAGGCUCCCGUGGGGAUUUUCAGAGCAUUCCAGGGAGGCAGUGUCCUUCCUGGGAAGCGAUGAAUUGUUGAAGCUUGCAUGAGAAACCCACCGGAAAGGCUCAGUGAGGUGAGCUGGGGAGCUCUGGUCCGCUCGUGACAAAGCUGCUCACUGCCACCACAAGUUUCCCCCCGUAUCUGCUCUGUUUCCCCUGCUGUUGAUGUGGCUUUUAUCUUAUCUGCACGUGCUCUUCCUCCAUUUCCUCCUUGGCUUCUCUGCUCACGUUGCUGCAAAAGGUAAAAAAACCCAAACCCAAAACAAAACAAAAAAAUGAGAUCCUACAGUAGGGUGUCCAUCCCUGGCCUUGGGGUUUCUGGGCCGUGCUGGGUGACAGGGAGUGACAUUUGGCCGUGCUGGGAGGGUGCUGAGUGAUGCUCAGUUUGUCCUGGGGCUGCCUGGGUGAUGUACAGGAUGCCCAGGUGAUGCGGGGGAUCCUGGGUGAUGGUGCAGUGCUGCUCUUGGGGCUCAGGUGAUGGCCAGGUGUCUCAGUGGGAUGCUCAGGAGAUGCCGGGUGACGCUCAGAGAGCGCUUGGGGUUCUCAGGGAUGCAGAACUGUGCUGGACAGGCUGCCAGCUCCACCUGCUGGCACCCACCUCCGCUCACUGCGGGCCAGCACCCACCCCGCGGCAGCCCCAAUUCCCCUAAGGGAGAGGCUGAGCUGCUGCCUUCGGGAAAAACCUCCAGUUACUUUGCAAGGUGAAGCCGUGGAUGGGGAUUUUGGGAGCUCUGUGUCCGUGUCUGCUGGCUCCUCACCUGCACUGACCCAGCUUCGAUCCCUGCUGCCUGCAACAGACGCUCUUUGAGCUUUGGAACCAAAGCAGCCAGAGCUUUCCAGGGCUUUUCCAGGGAGACAGAUGGAGAAAUGCCCUGCCAGGCUGCCAGGAUUCCCCUCAGGGGCAGGGAGGGUCAGAUCCUGUGGGAUCCUAUGGAAGGGGGAAAUCCCUGCACAAUUAAAUCCCUCACAACCGGCCAUGCUGUAGAAAGUGUACAAAAGAUGUGCAUCUCCAAUUAAUGCACACACAGUUAUCGGACCUGCAGUGGCAUUCCCCUGUGGAAAUGGACUCAGAUGUGCAAAGAUUCCCUGUCUUGAUCCGAGGCCUGCCUGAUGCACUAAAAUUUCGUGCUAUUGUAAUAUAUGAUACAAAAUAGUUCGUGCUUCUCAAAUAAAGAUUCCAAAAAAUUGUAAAAGCCACGGCAGGGAAAAGGACUGAUUUGCAAUUGUGAAAUCAUGGGAGGAGGCAAUGAAGGACCCGAUUUACAAUAGAAAAAGAGUGACUUCCACGGGAGAUGGGCCUUUACCAGGGAUGAGUACCUGAUAUGCAUCUAUGAUAAGGACAAUCUGCAUCGUCAAGAGUGUGCAUCCCAACACAAUAAACCGAGAUAAGCAUUCAUCUCUUCCCAGAAACUGUUUUGUCAAGCCAACAGCAAAGAAAAGAAACUACAUGAAUAUGUGAAGCGAGCAAGACCGACAGAAAGAAUGAAAAAAACUCUGCCUUAAUCAGAAAACUGUAUAAAACUGGCCCGGCAGAAGCAGAAUUGGUGAACAGAGGGGAUUUCGGAGUGCUAGAGCCCAAAUCUGUGUUCACCCAGCGCCGAUCCUGAGCUCGACACUUUCUUUUUGAUUGUGGCUUUCCGAGACCGAUUUUGGUCAUGCAAUAAAAUCUGUUUUAAUUAUUAAUUUGGCUGCAUCAUUUAUAACAUCCAAUUAAUGCACACACAGUUAUUGGGCCUGCAGUGGCAUUCCCCUGUGGAAAUGGACUCGGAUGUGCAAAGAUUCCCUGUCUUGAUCCGAGACCUGCCUGAUGCGCUAAAGUUUUGUGCUAGGAUUAUCAGUUUAUUUAUCGUUGUUUUAUUUGUGUUUUCAUCAAAAGUAACUAAUUUGGAGACUAAAUAUCUGUCAAACAGCUUUUAUACACUGUUACUUUCCUAUUUGCUACGUUUACUUUGUCUUUUUUUACUUGGGAAAAAAAAAAAUGAUGUGGGAAAAGUUUUGUGCCUUACAGAAGUAUGAUUUUGUCUUUACCAAACUUAGCCUGGGAGUUAGUGCAAGGAUUUAUGCAUAUUUGGAACAAAAAUAUAUAUGUACACCCUUCCACGUUCUGCCUCUGGAAGGCUUGAAAUUUAGGAUGAGGAUACAUUUUUCAGAGAUAUUAACAGGAACACUGAGUAAUCUGGACAAUGUGACAGAAAAAAAGGCCACAUGACCUUCUGUCCCAUUAUACCGCAAAUCAACCCCGUGGGAGAAGAUUUGGAGUGAGCAGCCGCAGAUGAGAACUGAUGGAAUGUUUGGGUCGGAGGUGGAGUCAGAGGACGGAAUGUUAAUGGUUAAUGCCUCGAACAAUCGAGCAUUUGCAGUAACUGCCCAGGUGCAGAUGGGUGCACACCCAUCCCAGCCUGCAGUUGUCUGUUGGAUAAGAUAAGGGAAGAGGCUGAUAAGAGACAAAUCCUGCCAAGGGAGCGGGUGCUUUUUGGUCCUGUCAAUGUCCCUACACGUGUGGCUCAGCUGUGAAAACUCCUCUCAGCACAGUCGAAGUUAGCCUGCAGACACUUAUCGCCUCUGAUGGGCCAUAGACAGGUCUUAAAAGGUGUCACAGGGCAAACAAAUACUCGGAGGUGUCCAAUGAUCCAUGGCAUUACAUCAUCCAGAGAAAAGCUCCCUGCCCCAGGGGCGGUACCUGGGCGUUCCCACCGAGCCGGAGCAGUAUAUUAACCCCUGCAACUUUGUGUUUCCCGCACUGCUCUCAACCCGGAGAGAUCAUCACAGUGGAACUGCGACCUCCGAUCUUGUUGGAAGAUCCACAGCUGGAAGGCCAGCUGACCUCUCCCGUGGGGACACCGGCACCAACCUAUAAAUGGCCUCAAAACGGUUCUCGCAGUCUGCAGACCCCGUGAUUCUCCACAAGCUACCUCGCCUGGAGCCCGCCGCCGGCUUCCUGCCCAGCAAAAUCCCGGGCACAUCCAGCCCCGUGCCCCACCCUGGUUUUGAAAACCAUUUCAGCUACAAGGGCUCCUACUUUGCCUGCCCGCUGCAGGGCCCCGAGGGUGGCUGGAGCCCCGCGCCUGUCUGCCUGCACUACGGCCCCGCUGCCCUGAGCCAGCCCGUGCCGGCCGAGGGGCCGCGCCUGGGCUUCCUGCCCUACCCACCGGGGAGCCCGGGCAGCAGGCUGCAGCCCCCAGAUGCCCAGAAGAGCAAGGACAGCCUGAGGCAGGAGCAGCUGAUGGCCAGGAAGAAGCUGGACAGCCCCAGGUGCCCCUUGCCGCUGAAGAAGCCGGCGGUGGUGAAGAAGACAACUCCUCUAGCACCUAAGCCGGUGUACAGAGCCCCCGCUUCCUUCCUGGCUCCCAGGAUGGCUCUGCUAGUGGGAACACAGGCAGAGAGCCUGCAGCAGCGACCAGGGGAGGCAAACUGGGCCCUGGCUCCUGCUCCGCCCCCGCUGCACCCCAGCGAGCCCCACAAGAGGGGUCCCUGCUCGGACUACAGGCUCCAGCUGCUGCCCUCCAGCCUGGCCCUGCCUUCCAAGGAGCAGCUGGGCUCCCCCGUUGCCUUACCCCACUGCUGCAUCACCUUUGAUAAGUACGGGCCACCCCCCAGCACCCCGUUCCUGGAGACAAGCUGUCCUUCUGCCCAGAGCCAGAAGAAGGUGCCGGAGGUCCCCAGCCUCAGCCUGGACCCCUGGCCCAAGCUCCAGCCACCUGAUGCCAGCCCAGUGACCCGGGAGAGGUCGGCAAUGUGCUACCCGUGCCCCCCCUACCCGCUGUCACCCCUCGGAGCUGGCCCCCUCUGCCACCCCCCAGCUCCCGCUGUGGGGGAGCCCAGUGCCCUGCCCGGCUUUGACUACGUGGGAAGCAGGGAGCCCUUUCCCGGCACCUACCUCAGGCUCCAAAACCCCAGGAAUUACUUUCCCGGCCCCUUGGAGCCCUAUGUGCCGAGGACAGGGGAUGCAGGGCUGGGAGCAGUGCUGAGGGAUGCCGAGCUGCCCAGGGAUGCCGAGCUGCCCAGGAACACGGGGUACCCAGGGUUUGCCGUCAGCCCCGGAGACGCAUCCGUGUUCCGCGCCCCCUUUCCCGGCACGGAGCCGGGCUGUGAGCAGCACCGGGCAGAGAGUCCGCAGUGGCGAGCAGCACCCAGGCACAGCAGCGCUUUCCAGCCUGUCUGCACCUCAGAGAAGAUUGGGGGCUCCGCUGGGCUUGCUGAGACGUUUCCUGAGAGAGGAGAGAGCUGGGAGAAGCUCAGGCAAGCAGAGGAGGAGCCGCUGUACCCGGGGAGGAGGAACAUCAGCCCGGCCCCUCAGGACCACCCCGGUGGGGGAGCAGGGGAAGGAAAUGCCUGCAAGGUCAAGGAUCCGGCCAAGGAGCUCAUCCGCCCUUCUCCGUCCGUGACCCCCACCCAGGGGCUGGAAGACCCGAGGGACAACAAGGCUUUGUCGUCCUCCCCACCGAUGCCUGUGAUCCACAACGUUUUCAGCCUGGCACCUUACCAGGAGUACCUGGAGAGGGCAAAGGGCUCAGAUCCCGUCCUGUUCUGCAGGAAGCAUCUGUGGGAGGGCUCCUCACCCCAAAACACGGGUGGCAGCCAGGAGCCUGCUGCCCUCAGAGACGUUUCAGUGGUGUCCAGCCUGAGUUCCAGCAGUGGUGCAGUGCAGAGCCAAGGGGAAAGCUGUUACAGGAGCACCCCUAAAAAGACAAAGCCUGUGCCCCAAGAGCUGGAGUCUCAGGAGGGCAACCCUGACGGGCUGGGCACCGAGGAGCCGCCGCCUGAGGACAUGGUGCUGGACCUUAGCUUCAAGAAGAGACUGGUAGAUGCUGGGGACACCCACAGACCCACUGGGUGUGCGGAAGGAACACUGGACCGAGAGGAUAAGGAGGAGAAAGAGGCUGCAGGGGGGAAGGUGGGGCUGGGAGAGGAUGCGCAGCCCCGGAUGCCUCGGGCGGACUUUGGGGACAGGAGCAGCUUCCAGAGCUCAGUCACCUUCAUAUUCCAAAAAUACAAGCUGCUGCCCUCCAUCCCGCCCAGCACUGAGCCCCCCCGGCAGGAGGGCAGCCCCCACGCCCCCCAGCUCAGCGCCCCCACGCCGGCUCCCCCAGCCUCCUCUCCAUCCAGCACCGCCCCGUUCCCAGCGCCCAGCCCCCAGCUCAGCAUCAUCCUAGGCCCAAACCCUACCCAGACCCUGCUUCACAAAGCCCCCUCCAGCCAGGGGAAGAAGGUCUUGGUGGUCAGGCAGGUCGCUGACCUCGCCGCACAGACGCGCUUGGGGCAGCAGUUCACCACCCUGCACACCUUGCUCUGCGACACGAUUUCGGCCUUAGUGUCCCGCUCCGCCCCCGAGCUCCUGCGGCAGUGGCUGGAGAAGGCUGACCUGGUGGAACAGCUGAGAGACAUGUCCAAAUCCGUGCCCAAGCCUGAAAACGGCUCCAAGGCUCCCAGUCCUCAGAAGCCCGGCAAUGACAAGGAGAUCUGGCUGGCUUUCCAAGACAUGGCUGUGCUCCUUGCCAGCCUGCUCUCCCAGCUGAAGACCUUCAUGCUCGCUUGCCCUUUCCCCCACGUCGUCCGGGCGGGAGCCAUCUUCAUCCCCAUCCAUGUGGUGAAGGAGAAGCUCUUCCCGAAGCUGCCCGGGAGCUUCGUGGACCAAGUGCUGCAGAAGCACAAGGUGGAGCUGCGUCCCACCACCCUCUCGGAGGAGAAGCACCUGAGGGACCUGGAGCUGAAGAGCUGCACCUCCCGCAUGCUGAAGCUCCUGGCGCUCAAGCAGCUUCCUGAAAUCUACUCCGACCUGCUCAACCUCCACUGGCACAACUCCAUCCGGCAGCAGCUCGGUAGCCCUGGCGUGGAGGCACUGAAAGCUGAUGGCGAAGCACAGCCACAGACAGAUCAAGAAAAAGGAGGCACUGAGGAAUGUGCCAAGGACGACAGCCAGAUGAUGACGGGAAUGGGAAGGUCCUGAGUCCCCAGAACCGAUGGAUGCCGAGACUGCCAGCAGCCCUGCAGGCAGGUGCUCAGCUCCCACCAGCACCAGGAUCCUCCAGGAUGCUGAUAACCUUGUCAGGGACCCUCAGGAUGCUGCUCGGGGUGGAGAACAGCUCAGUGGUGCUCCAGGGAAACACCCAGGGAUGCUGGUGGGUUAUCCGGCCCAUGGGCAUGGGCUGGAGCCCCUCACAGCAGCUGGAGGUGCUUUUCUUUGGAUGGAUCAUCUUUGGAUGGAUCAUCUUUUAGUGCAUCUCCCGCCUCCAUCCGUGAUUGCCCUGGUGAGCUGAGAGGGAAUGGCUGGAGUUCCAGUGGAGAUGGAGCACGAGCAGCAUGGAAAUGGCCACAGCACCGUCCCCAGGCCUGGAAAAAGGGACUGCAGGGAUAACAUCCCCCCUCCUGCUUUAUCCACACCGUUCCCAAUAAACAUCCCCUUUCCUCUGGGAUUUUCACCUUUAAAGUGCCACAAGGACCAGGCACAACAGCAAGGGCAAGGGAAUCGUGACUUCCAUAGUCCCAGGACUAAUAUUUUUUUUUUGUUAAAAAUGAACAUUAACAUUUUACAAAUGUUCUGGAUUUACCUUUAUAAGGAGCUGCUACCUUCA